AAAAAGAAGCAGAAAGAAAAAAAAAAAAAAAAAAAUGGCCGACACCGUACCCCAGAUCUCUUUCAAAAAGCGCGGAGCCCGGGGCAAAGCCCAGUUUCGCAAGAAACCCGAAACACCUCCCCCAGCCUCGGACGCGGAUUCCGACUUCACCUCGUCCGACGAUGAGGACGGCCACAGGAUCAAACGCCGGCGAAAGAAUACCGUCGUGUCCGCCUCCUCGGCCACGAAUGUGCGGCGAACAGGUCCUGCCGAGGACGAGAACGCCAGCGCCAGCGCCGGAGCUCUGCCUUUGACCUCCACCAACGACGCCACGAAACAAUCCAAUUGGUACGAUGAGGACCUGAACGAGAAGAAUCUCCUCGGUACCACGCGAACCCGGCCAACUUCGUCGACCGCUUCUGGGCCGGAUGGUACUUACAAGGGCGCUGCCAACUACCAAUCCUUUAUUCAGAAGAAUCCGGAUGCGCCUACGAAACAAUUCGGUCCGAUUAAAGCCCCAACCAAUGUCCGGACGGUGACCUUUAUGGAUUACGCGCCCGAUGUCUGCAAGGACUACAAGUUGACGGGAUAUUGUGGUUUCGGGGAUUCCUGCAAGUUCAGCCACAUGCGCGAAGACUACAAACAGGGGUGGGAGCUGGAUCGGGAGUGGGAUGUGAGCACGAAGGGCAAAGCAGUCAAGGGGAAGGUGGUAUCGCAACGGGGUGCCAAGGCGGGCGACGGCGAUGGCGGGGACGGGGACGGGGACGGGGACGGGGACGAGGACGAGGACUUGCUCGAGAAUAUCCCGUUUGCCUGCAUCCUCUGCAAAAAGCCGUACCAGAACCCCAUUCUUACCAAAUGCGGCCAUUACUUCUGCGAGUCGUGUGCCUUGCAGCGGUACCGCAAGAACCCAUCCUGUGCAGCGUGUGGGGCAGGGACGGGCGGAGUAUUCAAUGUCGCGAAGAAGUUAAAUCACCUCCUAGAAAGGAAGCGGGAGCGUGUUCGCAAACGACGCGAGCAGGCGAUUGAGAAUGGCGAGGAAGUUAGUAGCGAAGAGGAAGAGGAGGGGGCAGAGGAAGAUUCCGAAUAAUGAAAAAGAUGGCACGAAACUGUUCAAGUAUAUACACUCUGUAAUGAAAAAUCCAAGCUGCAGCGGGCCUGCAAACAAUCCGGAGCUUUGAUAAGAUAUGCAAAUAUAGGUACUAGUUCACUAGUAGCUACCUUAGAAAGGUAAGAUAGAAUUAGAUUCGAUUACCGCAUACAUGCAUACAUGAUUGUUCUCCUCUGUCCCGAACAUGAUCCCUUUUUCCAUGCCGAGAUCGACAGGAUGAGCCUAUCAGCUCCCGUCCGCGAUGACAAUCCAUGCCAUUCAUUUCCUAUUGAGCCAAUUCGUAGUACCUAAGUUUCGGCUAUUCUUGGAUGCCUGGAGUCCUGGAC